AUGACAAAAGUCAAAUUCACCCUCCCGCCAGCAGCCGACAAGGUCACAUCGCUCUUCCACACCAAACAGAUCAAGGAGGAUGACCCACCAGUCUUCAACCAGCCGCUCAAUACCAGCUCAUUCCCGGUUAUUGCCCUAAAGGCAUUAACCUAUAGCUUCGUCGAGGACAAUCGUAUGACGGGAUUUGAAUACCAGACAACAAGAAGGAAUGGCGACCCGGGCGAGUCCAUCAUCAUGGCCGCUCUACCUCGGAUGUUAUACGCAGUGCCAGCAAAGCUCGCUAUCAUCGCCGGUACAGUCAGCAUAUGUCUCGCAGCCGCACAUCUCGGAUUCGUCGCAACAGAUUGGAAAAAAGGCAACAGGGUACGUCUAAUCCCACGGAAGACGAAAUAUCACAUCCAACUAAUGCCUCUCCAGACGCAAUCCUACGCCUUCCGUCGCAACAUAAUGUUCCUCCACAUCACCAACGCCAUCCUCGUCCUCUUCGCCCUCGUCUCCAUCUACGUAACCCACAAAAACACCUCCCACUUCCGCGAAGGCUUCGUCAACUUCCGCGCCUCGCGCAUGAAAGACACUGCCUCCACCUCCGCAUCCACCCAGCAAUCCCCGGCCUUCUUCCGUUACAACUUCGGUACCUUUGAUCUCGAAACCUGGGCCUGCGAACUCGCGGGUGUUGAAGGUGCGGGUAUGGUGAGAGAAGAUUAUGGCAUGCAAUGUGGGAUUGAGAUCGCUGGAAGGGCGUUUAUGGUUCCUUUUGUGAUAGUUGCUUGGGGUGUUGCAGCGAUUGGGCUUUGGGGGUUUGUGGGGGGUGGACGGAGGGGGCCCGAUGGGGAGAGGAUGAAGACUGAUGAGGUUGGGCUGGAGAUGGGGAAGAUGAAUGCUACGGACGAUUGA